AGCAACCUCAGAACAGCCAAGGAAGGAGCACCAUCUCUGUCCCUACAACACACACACACACACACACUCACACUCGCACUCACACACACUCACACACUCCUCCCUCCUUCCCUUCCUCUCCCUCCCUUUCCCUCUUUCUGUCCCUCUCCCCCCACCAGCCCGCCCUCCCUCUCACUGCUGGUACCUUAAAGAAUAAAACACUUUAGUCUCAACCGAAUUGGGCACAGAUCCUGACUGAGCCUGUGUUCUGAGCUCUGGAAUAGCAGCAGCGUGCUCAGCAAGCCGCUGGUGAAUGCAAACCUAGUCAGCCAGCCAGAUACACAAGACAGACAGAGAGAGAGGGGGGAGAGAGAGGGAGAAAGGGGGGGAAAGAGAGAGAGGGAGGGAGGGGGAGAGAGAGAGAGAGAGAGAGAGAGAGAGAGAGAGAGAGAGAGAAGAGAUACACAGAGAGAAAGAAAGUAGGAGAGAAAGAAAAGGAAGGAAGCCCAGCACCGCCAGCCCCCAAGCUCUAACUUGUUUCAGUCCCUUCAUCUUUCUCUCUUCCUAGCUUCAGGGAAGUGACAGUGGAGACUGCUCUCGAGUUUUUCUCAGACAGGUCUCUGUGCUUCUCCCUGAGAAGAUGAAGUUCCCAGGAAUCCCUUCCCUAUGUGUUACUAGCCUCGGGCUUCUCCUCAUGAUAUCCAUUCUACCAACUGGAACUGGGCAAGAACGGAAAGAACCCGGAGAGUUUGUCAAGCAGGACAUUGGCGGGCUGUCUCCGAAGCAUGGUCCGGAUAUUUCAGAUGACAGUACUGACAACAUCACCAUCUUCACCAGGAUCUUGGACCGCCUGUUGGAUGGCUACGACAACCGUCUAAGACCAGGGCUUGGAGACACUGUCACUGAAGUCAAGACGGACAUCUACGUGACCAGUUUUGGCCCUGUCUCCGACACAGACAUGGAAUACACCAUCGAUGUAUUCUUCCGACAGACCUGGCAUGAUGAGCGCCUCAAAUUUGAUGGGCCCAUGAAGAUCCUCCCACUCAACAAUCUCCUGGCCAGCAAGAUCUGGACCCCAGAUACAUUCUUCCACAAUGGCAAGAAGUCAGUGGCUCAUAACAUGACAACACCCAAUAAAUUGCUCAGGCUUGUGGACAAUGGGACCCUCCUCUACACGAUGAGGUUGACCAUUCAUGCUGAAUGUCCCAUGCACUUGGAAGACUUCCCCAUGGAUGUGCAUGCCUGCCCACUGAAGUUUGGAAGCUAUGCCUACACAAAGGCCGAAGUGAUCUAUUCCUGGACUCUUGGAAAAAACAAAUCUGUGGAAGUGGCACAGGAUGGCUCUCGCCUGAAUCAGUAUGACCUGCUGGGUCAUGUUGUUGGAACUGAGAUCAUCAGAUCUAGUACAGGAGAAUAUGUCGUCAUGACAACCUACUUCCACCUUAAACGCAAGAUUGGUUACUUUGUGAUACAGACCUACCUACCCUGCAUCAUGACGGUCAUCCUGUCCCAGGUUUCUUUUUGGCUUAACCGAGAAUCUGUCCCUGCCCGUACAGUAUUUGGGGUCACCACUGUCCUCACCAUGACCACCCUGAGCAUCAGUGCCAGAAACUCUUUACCUAAGGUGGCAUACGCGACGGCCAUGGACUGGUUCAUAGCCGUCUGUUAUGCCUUUGUGUUUUCUGCGCUGAUUGAAUUUGCUACUGUCAACUACUUCACCAAACGGAGCUGGGCUUGGGAUGGCAAGAAGGUGAUAGAAUCUCAGGAACAGAAGAAAAAAGAGCCGAUGACCUUGACCAAGAAAGCAAACAACACCUACAACAUCGUGGGGACCACCUAUGCUCUCAACAUUGCCAAGGACCCUGGCCUCUCCACCAUCUCGAAGAGUGCUGCAGCCAGUGCUACUGCUUCAGGGGCAGCUGUCUCCCCACCCAAGACACCCCAUGUGGUGGAGAGUCCCCCUGAAACCAAGAAGACCUACAACAGUGUCAGCAAGGUAGACAAGAUCUCCCGCAUCAUCUUUCCUGUGCUCUUUGCCAUCUUUAACCUGGUCUACUGGGCCACGUAUGUCAACCGGGAGUCAGCCAUCAAGGGCAUGAUCCGGAAACAGUAAAGCUGUAGCUCCACACUUCAUUGCCAAGAAGCAUUCCAGGAGAUGUUGCCCACGGGUCUGCUCUCAUUUCCUUCAGAACAUAAAGGCUUUGCUUUAGAACCAUCAGCCAGUCGUGAUUCUUUCAUUUGGCUCACUUCAGGCUGUCAACUUCAAAAAAUGUCAAUAAGGAAACACAUGCCUCUAACAUUGGGACUCUGCCCUCCAUCAGUACCCUUUGCUGAUACCAGUCUGUUGAUCCACCAGCUUCCCCAUCCUGCCCACUCCUCACUGCCCUGCCAAUCUUCAAAAGAAAGCCAGUGUGUGGAUACCCAUAAUUCCAUGCUAACAUCCUACAAUGUAUAUACAUCUAUGAUUUCCUCCACCUAUACCCAUUCUCCAUCUAUUCACCACAAAGUACUUUGGCUGCUCUUGAUACUCCAAGGUGACGAGGCAGCACUUGGUGACCUAGGCCAGACUUAUCAGCUUCAUGUGUCUAUUUAACUGGGACUCCAUAAAGGGGUUGAAUAACAGCUGGAUUCCUAUCUCACAUUCCUUCUUAUUAAGCCUCCUUCAUGCCACAAAGGAUGCUGUAGUCUAUAAGAGCUCCUAGACUGUGGAAUCAGGAAAAAAGAUUGUAUGCAAAACAGGUCCACCAACUCCUAGGGUCUUGGCCAUGCCCACUUGUUUUCCUGACUAUACCAUCCCACACUGGCUGCCCUAAGUAUGGUCUGAAUGGAGAGAAGUGACUGGCUCUGCAUGGUUGUCCUCUGCCCUUCCCCAGGUCCACAAGUAGUGCAUUGGGUGCUCCUAGGAAGACUUCUCUCUCUGAAAGCAAUGGUAAAAUCCUUUCUCUGUUACCCUGCACCUGCCUGGAGACACUGAUUUGUCCUGCACUGUUGGCUUCUACAAAUUCUUUUUUUCCUAUCUGAAUUCUCUACUAUGAAUUCUUCAGAAAGAGAAUCAAGUAUUUGAAGAAAACAAAACCAAGAAAACCACCAAGGGAAAGAUACCCUCCCAACCCAAAAGAAAUUCAAAAAUGAAACUCUGAUAAGGAGCCAGAAGCUUGGUGUAGGAUGGUGGCAAUCAGAUGGACUAGAAAGAUUCUGAAACGUUCUUCUGUCUCUAAAUGCUAAAGCCAACUCCAAAAUACUCAUGACCCAUCCCUCAUCAAUCAGACUCUCUGUAAAAACAAGAAGCCAGACACCAAGGGGGCUUGGGUAAUUUGAAGAGCUUUUGUGGUGAGGUCAACUAGCUAGAUGAACAGGGCUCGCCAAAAGUUCUGUCUCAGGUUGCUGACGCCUCCACCUUCUCCAGUUCCUCUAGCCCAUCCCUGCCAACUCCAACUGCUCACCAAGACAAGAAGCCAGAAGCUGAGGGGGCAGAGGGUUGUACAGUUGAGAAGUCACCCAUGGAGUGGGCAACCAGCUAGAUGGGGUAGGUCUAGACUAAGUUCUGUUUGCUGUACCAACUUACUGAAGGCUCAGCUUUCUCUCUAGCCAGCAACUCCCAUUCAGACUCUGCAAAGACAAGAAGCCAGAAGUCAAGGGUCCUGUUGACAUCUGGGGAGGAUUCCUGUGGAGAUGCCAUCAGAUGGAUGAGCAGGAUGACUCCAAGGAAUGCUGCUGUCCCAGGCUGCCAAAGCCUCAACCUUCUCCGCAGCUCUUCCAGCCCCUGUUCUGGUUCUCAAUACACUGAAUCUCCUGACUCAGGCAUUUGUCACCAAGGUAGCCCCCCAAAGGAAGCCUCCCCCCACCAGACCACUCAUUUUGCUUCAUUGCCCUUAAAUGGUUAGUUUGGAUGUUCUUUAGCCUAGGAGAUGCCAGAAUGUGGUCUCUGAGUUCUGGCUUUGUCUUUUUGUUCCUUGCCCUUUCUCUUCAACUCCAUUUCCCUGGGAUCACCCAAAUGAAAAACUGACUUUUCCAUUUUCCCCAGUUAGGACAUUGUCAAAGCCAGACAUUUCAACAGGAAUAAAAAUUGGUAGAGACAGAAGGGAACCCUGAAAAAUUGGGGUGCUCAGUGGAUGAUAUACUAAGACUAAAAAGCCUACCUAGAUUCCCAUCCCUCCCAUGCGGAUUUCAGACUGGCUCAGGGUCUCCAAUGCAGCCAUCUUAUCUGAGAUCUUUGAGACCAAACUGAGGACAAUUUCUUACCCUCCUCCCUGUCCCUUGGCAUCCCACUUCUCUCUAGUGAAUCCUAUCAGCCUAGGGCACCUUCUCCCCAUUGCAAUCUCAAGGUCUUUCUCCAAAUGAGCAGUCACCUGCCCUGCAUGACUGGCUGGAUGUGACCUUUUCAUUCCCUCCACAUUUAUCAUAGAGGGUCAGAGCCUCAUUUGGUUAAAUGCCAUUGUCAUGCAUUCUGUGCAUACUGAUGUGUCUGCAGCCUGCAGGAGACAAGAUCCACCUGGAUUCCAAGGGAAUGUGGGACUCAGAGUGAGAAAGUGCCAGGGGCAAAUGUAUGCCAGGGGGAGGAGGAAGGAACUCUAGGUGGGCAGGAAGAGAAACAGCCUUCCUAUUCUCUCUCAAACCUCAAUAAAAUGAGGAAAUGGGGACCAAUGGAAGGAUCUCCCUGACUAUUAGAAUCUUGGGCAGAGCCAUCCUGGGAAGUAUAUUGCUAGCUACUCCCCUCCAGCCCGAGUCCUCCUUUCAUCAACAAUUCUACCACUGGAUCCAGGGAGCUUUCAGAGCUUGAGAGCCUUUUGCUUUUUGAUCAGGAAUCCAUGUUAACGUUAAGAAAUGCCAUUGCUUGUAGCUUAGGAACCGAGAAGUUGGUUUGGGCAGGAGACAGGAUUCUGUCGGGGGUCAGGAAAUUCUAGGAGGAGAGGAGAGAGUGAAAGGGAAAUGGCAGGCACACAUGGGUAUCCACCUAAAGCUUUUCACUCAAACGAUAGCACAUUAAAGAAUGACUUCAAUUUCUCUUCCUAAGGCUAAUUCUCUAAAAGACUAAUUCAACAAGCUUUUACUAAGACGCCAUUAUGUGUCUGGUCCUGGGCUGAAUCCAGUCAAAACAAAGAGAGGAAGAGGCUCUGUUUGGCUAAGACUACCAAUGACUAAGAAAGGCCAAGAAAAUUUGCCAGGGAUAUUUGAUUUUCCAAACAAGGAACCAACCAGACCCAGCCAAUACUCUUUGGUACCUGGGAAUCUUGAACAACAGUGCUAACUCAAGGUUCAGGUCUUGCUUAAUCUAACCAUAAUCAAGGCAUAGGGUUUUAUUUGAACUAACAAAUGAUUAUCCUUCCCAAUAAAAGCAUACAUAUUGUUAUUUUAAUAACAAAUUUCCACAUAAUUUCCUAAAGUUAGAUGAUCCAAAUUAUCUCCCUCCCUUCUUCCCUCCCAGAGCUGAGAAGCAAUUCAAUCGGAGUUAAACAUGUAUUAUCCUAUUUUCAUAUUGUUCAUUUUUUGUAAGUGAAUAAUCUUAUAAAAUCCAAAUCCCAAAUAUGAUACCCAAAUAAACAAAAGAUAAAUCAUAUGUUUUAAUCUGCAUUCCACUCCAAUAGUUCUUUCUCUGGAGGUGGAACAUUCUUUUUCUUAAGUCCCUUAGAAUUGCCCUGAAUCAUUACAUUGCUAUUAGUACAUUAGUACAUUGAUUGUUCCACAAUAUUGCUGUUACUAUGUACAGUGUUCUUCUGGUUCUGCUUAUUUCACUCUCCAUCAGUUCAUGGAGGUCUUUCCACUUAUUUCUGAAAUCUUCCUGUUCAUCAUUCUUUAUAGCACAAUAGUAUUCCAUCACCAUCAUGUACUACGAUUUGUUCAGCCAUUCCCCACUUGAUGGAUAAAUCAUUAGUUUCCAGAUUUGCCACCACAACAAGAGCAGCUAUAAAUAUUUUUGUACAAACAGGUCUUUCCCAUGUUUUUCUCUCUUUGGGAUACAGACUUAGUAGUGGUAUUACAGGAUCAAAGGGUAUGUAGUCUUUUAUAGCCUUUUGGGAAUAAUUCCAAAUUGUCCUUCAGAAUGGAUGGAUCAGUUCACAACUCUACCAGCAAUGCAUUAGUGUCCCAAUUUUGCCACAUUCCCUCCAACAUCUAUCAUUUUCCUUUACUUUUCUUUAAUAUUGACCAAUCUGAUAGGUCAAUCUGAGGUGGUACCUCAGAGUUGUUUUAAUUUACAUUUCUCUAAUCAAGAGUGAUUCAGAACAUUUUUUCAUAUGAUUAUUGACAGUUUUGAUUUCUUCAUCUGAAAACUGCCUAUUCAUAUCCUUUGAUCAUUUGUCAACUGGAGAAUGACUUGGAUUCUUAUAAAUUUGACUUUGUUCUUUAUAUAUUUGAGAAAUGAGACCUAAUCUUGUUUGCAUUGUUUUUGUUUAUACAAAACCUUUUUAAUUUAAAAUAAUCAAAAAUUUUAUCAAAUUCUUCCCUUCUUCACAGAUCUGACAGGUAAACUAUUCUACGUUACCCCUAAUUUACUUAUAACAUCACUCUUUAUCAUAUAUUAAUCAUAUACCCAUUUUGACCUCAUAUUGAUAGGGUGUGAGAUACUGAUCUAAACCUAGUUUUUGCCAUAAUGUUUUCCAAUUUUCCCAGCAGUUUGUGUCAAAUAGUGCCCAAUAGAAUUGUAAACAAAGUUAGGAUUCCUAUAUUCUUUGUCUAAUGGGUCUUCCCAGCAGGGAACAUUAUCCUGUAUAGCUGUAACAUAGGUGUGUAGUGUGUGUGUGCGUGGGUGUGACAUGUACACCUUCAGAUGUUAAUGUUCUCAAUAGGGUAGAACCCAUAGAAAAUUCAUCCAAAUUUCUUUUUAUGGUUGAUUGUGAAAGGUAGCCACUUGUUAGCUUAAGAAAGAUUCUGAUUAAUAUGAAAUUGAGGAAUUUCUAGAAUGAAGUGGUUAACUGGCCAUCUCUGUUGGAGACAGCCCAAGACCUUAACCAGGACACCCAAAUGUACACAGGAUUAGCAUGGAACUAGGCAUAUACAAGUAGACAAAGAUAUGUAUUUAGAUGUUUUAUUAGCAUAGAUGGAGAUCCCAGCAAGUAGCCUAGGUCAGGGAAGGUUUGCCACCAUAUAUUAAUUUGUGAAGUGAAGCUGGAAGGAGUGGGGAAGAACAAGCAAGUGUUAAAGAAGGAUAUGAAGUCUUCUGAUGUGAAUAUGAAUUAUGAUCACAUUUUUCUAGUGGGAGUUGUUUGGAACCACUUCAUUCACCUCCUCUGUCGUUCCUGCCAUAACUAGGAUUGUUGCUAUUGCUCUUAUGGACAAUAACAUCCUAGAUUUUCUGAGCAUCAUGUUUCAGAAGAGCUUGGGAUAGUCACUCAUAUCUCAUUUCACCUCACCUCCUCAGAGGGAAUAAUGAAGCAGGGUGUAGAAGAGGGCAAAUAUCAUUCUUUCUACUUUACAGGUAGAGAAACAAGGUGACCAGGAGGUCAACUGCCUUGCUCCAGAUAAAUUAAAUAGUCUUCAAUAUUUUCUGCCAUUUUCCUUAGUCUUUUGUUACUUUUUUCUUCAUCAACUUCUUUGAUUGGGUCAUUCAAGUCUGAGGUUUUCCCCUGCUCAGUCUAGGCACCUUGGGAUAAUGGCUCUUCGGGAAAGCCUCCUGGUACUAUAUAGCAUCUACAAGUGAUUCCUCUUUCCUCUCUGAGCUAUUCCUAGCCUACUUGUAUUCCCAGGUUUGGCCUUCUUUUAUUCAUUCAUUCCAGCUCUCUCAUCUAGGGCUAUUCUUUAAGAACUCCCAAUAGGAGAAAGUCUAUUCUAGGGCUUCUCCGGAUUAGCAAAUUAACACUGCUCUCUGCCCUCUUCUAGGCAACAUUUCUCCCUUUGACUGUGGAUCCUUCCUAGGUUUAGUUACCUACACAGGCUGUGUCUUUUCCCAUCCCCCAUACCUUCUGCAUGGACAAACUCUGGUAUGUCCAGGCUGAAUUCAGGCCAUCCUGCCCCUUUCUGUCAGCUCAGCUCCCCAAAUUGUGCAUAUGAUUUCUUUUGCAAAAACAGUUCUGCUAUGAGAAGUGUGCUUUGGGGUCAGCCAUUUCCAAAGUUUUCUGGGUGGUAGCAUUGGAGGUAAAGCCAAGAGAAGUGAGUGGCCAUACUGAGGCCUGUAGUCCAUUCAUCAAAGACCCAGUUAUUCUCAGGGAUGCACAGUGAUCUAGUGUUCUGAGUGACCCCAAGGUUCAGGUCCAGGAAUUAUUCUACGAGCAAUUUGUCCAGUAGGGUAAGCUUCAUGAGACUUAGAGGCUAAAGAAGGUACUUGCUCUGAUGACUUGGGAACCAGUGGAAACCAUACCUGGCACCUGCCUGGUGGAGAAAGUGGUCUACAUGUGACCUACAGCAGCUCCUCUUGUACUGGGGUCCCUUCCUCAUUCCUAAAGCCAGCAUGCCCUGUCCUUCAGUGAACCAUGAGGCAACCUCCCAACCUUUUAGCGGAGAAGACAACUAUAUCAAAACUGAGAUAAAACCCCAACUGAGAAGCUAAACUGAUGCCCUCUGAUCAGCCAGCUAGGGCCCUAGAGCCAUGCUUCCCCCAGGCCACAAAUGAUCAGGCCACCCACUACUUUAGUCUUCCACUUCCUUUUCACAUUCAACACCCUGCCCAGUUGGGCCUCUAAUCUCAGGGGCCCUUAGCAGUCACAUCCUGCCCCUCUCCCUUCAGCUAGUCAAAACCUGAGCUGGCACGAUUGGUCUGUAAGGCAGACUUGUUCCCCAGCAGAAGCAACAUGAAAGGGACAAGGGUUCUCUCCUUGGAUAGGAAUAGUUAGAAAACUGCCAGCAACAUUGUUGAAGGACUAAAGCCAGGUUAGCUGUUGCUAGCACAUCAGUUAUCCCUGGCUGAGUCCAUCCAUCUUAUUAAUAUUGACCUUACUAGAUUGAGCCAAUUAGUGUAAACUGAACCCCACACUAAAGCACCCUCGGUUCCUUUGACUCCUUACAACUGGAAGGCAGACAGCAAGGCUGACCACUUGCCCAGUCACAAGGUAAAAGCACUGACCAUGUGUCAGUAUGAAAAACUUAGCUUCUCUUUUACCAGUCUACUCCUUAAUGGCUUUGGGCCACCUACUCUUCAACUUAACAAAUGGAUGGAUCUUCUAAUAACAGUGAUCAACAGACUGAUGAACUGAGUACUCACUAAGCCAUAGCAAAUGGGAAUGGGGCGGACUUGGAGGAAAAUUCCCCAUUCUUCACAGAGAUACCAUGGAGUGGCAUAUGUGUUUGGGUGCCACGCAGGCGCCGUUGCUUACCCACAGUUUCACUGUGACUAUUCAUAUCCUGAGCUAUGGAGUAUGAACCAAAUAGCUUGAUUUGAAAAGAAAAACAAGUUCACCAAGACAUCUCCUCCAAAAUAAACAAAUGAAUAAAUAGCACCAGAUGCAUGACAAGUACUACCCCUCAUCCAGCAGCACCCUAGCAGGACAUGUCUUAGGUGAACAGAGGGUGUUCAAGAUGGCGGCCUUGUUCAUUCCAGCUUGGCAUACCCACACUGGCCUUCACUGAGGCCUAACAACAAAAUACUACAUUAGGUCAUGGCUAGGAGACAUAUUCCCCUCAAAACCCCCGGGCAUCCCCCUGUGCUAGUUGGCUCUUCUCUUCCUUACUGUCUGCUUUGUCUUCCCUUCCCUAUGAAAGAGACCCAGGGUCAUCCACAGUGGUAAUGCAUGACAAUCCCAUUAUUCUUAAAACUGUGUCUGUGAAGUAAUUAAUGGCUAGAGAAUGUACACUUUAUUGAAUGGGGGUGGGAUGGGGUUAGGGUUAGUUUAUUGAGUGGCUGUUAAUGAUCUUCUUAAAGGAAUUUCUUAUGGAAACUGUGACCUUUUCCGCUCUGUAGAAUUGUGUUUCCCAAUGCUUUUGGUGCAAUGUUUAAUGCCUGUUCAAUACAGUUAUUUCUGAAUUGUA